AUGAACGCAACAGCAAGAACCUUUCUCCUCUUUGCACUCUGCCUUGUGGCAUCAGACGCCUUUCAACCUCAGCAGAUGAGCAGAGGAAGACAAUCCUGUUCAAGGCUGUUUUCUGCCAAUCAAGAGGAUCCCAGCGACAGUGACAGUGACAGCGACAGUCGGCGCUCGUUUCUUUCCACAUUGGCAAUCGGAAUGUUAACUGUCUCUCCCUCUGCUGCGAAUGCGGGAAUUGACGUCUCAGGACUUCGGACAGAUGGCGGUGGCAGCAACCCCAUUCUCAAGGAACAACUCAAAGCUUACGAUGGCUCCGCGGCAGCCAGAGUCAACCAAAUCAAGGAAAUUGCACCAGUGUCAAGACCCACCGCAAGCCCCGUCGCAACAGCAAGUGUCGUAGAGGAUGCGGUAGGACCGGCGGCGACUUGGCUCUACAGGGCAGCGCCAGGAUUCAAUCCUCGCCUCUCCAGGGCAGGUCCAUUGGGGAACCUCUAUCGAUACAGCGACGAAGUAGUGGCGCCAUCCGCCAUCAAAGCAAGGACUGUGGGUGUCAGUUUUGAAUUCCCUGCCGAUUGGCUACAAUUGGACAAAUUUCUGGGAGGAAUUUCCUAUGUGGAUCAACGCAAUGGAGAUAAACUCUAUGUCCUACGCACCAAACUGCCGGAAGGAGAAAAGCUAGCAACAAUCCCCAAAGCAUUCUUAGGAACAUCUGUCUUUGAUCCCAAAGGUGUCAUUGUCAAGAGUCAGGGAGUGGAAAUUGAUGAAUACAAAGUGGCCUCAGCUACGUUGCUGGCCAACGAGGAGGAUUGCAAGUGUGCCACCCACCGAAGAUUCAAGCUCAAGUUUGCUACCGUAACGGGAAAUGGUCUGCGAGUGGAACGAAGAGGGUUGCUAGAUGCUUAUGAGGUUUCCCCAGAAGGAGACGUAUACAUGCUCAUGACAUCAUCCAAUGCUGUCAAGUUUGAAAAACCCGACAGUCUGGAACGACAAACUGUAGAAGAUAUCGUCAACUCCUUUCGGGUAGAUAUCUAA